CACCCGACCAGACAUAGUUCGUAUUCCCUGACACAGCUUGGAAUAGGGGAGGCCCCGCAGUUCACCGGCACCCCAGUCGUCUCAAGACCACAGCUUGGCCAAAGAACUCGGCUAAGCACGGCUGGCAUCUCUAGCAUCAUCAGACGGGAGCGCCGAUAUGGCAACGACCGACCGAAUAGAGCUGGACGAAGAUGGACUCUGCAAGCGCUGCGCCGCCAUCAACUGGGACGAAAUGGCGUACAUCAUCGAGAAGCAUUUCCCCAUGCUCCUCAAAGUGCCCGGCGAGCGCCUCCGCCUAGAGGUCUUCGACAUGGCCACCACCAUCAGCGACUCCAGAGCCGCGCUCACUGCCUCGCCAUGUCGCUUCUGCCGCCUCCUCGCGAGAGCCCUGGCCGUGCAUAGUCUAGCCACGCCCGGCCAGCUGGAGUGCGUGCACGACGGAUCGUCCAUGGUCUCGAUCCAGAUGGAAUCGAUGGUGUCCGCCUUCGCCGUCACGCUCGACGAUGUCGCAGGCGGUGAGAAGACGUUCGCUGCUGAGUAUGCGAAUAUCCGGGAGAUAGACUAUGGGCUCGUCAAGGCUGAUAUGCGUGCAUGUGAACAGGCUCACACUGGGUGUGCGCCCGAUGUGCUGGGAGAGCUGCCGGGCUUCAGGCUGAUCGAUUGCGAUACGCAGAUCGUUGUGGCGGCGUCGACGACCAAAGGACGUGGCACCGCGGGGUAUAGCUAUGUGGCUCUGUCGUAUGUUUGGGGUCCGACGCCUGAUGAGUCUCGCCUCAAUGAAAGGGGUGCGCUUGAGAAUCUGCCUGCUACUAUUGGCGACAGUAUAAAGCUGUGCCGAUCGCUCGGCUUUCGGUAUCUCUGGGUCGAUAGAUAUUGCAUUGAUCAGAAGAAUGCGGAAGAGAAGGCAAUACAGAUCGCGAAUAUGGGCAAGAUCUACUCGUCGGCGCAGCUUACUAUCGUUGCUUCUGUCGGUGAAGACCCGUCGUACGGGCUGCCGGGGAUCACGACCCCCAAGGAAGCAGUUCCUUUCAUCCACGAAACGAUCAAGCGCUUGACCGUAAUACUCCGGCCCCUAAACCCAAUGGCGAGUAUAGCGACAUCGAGAUGGGCAACACGAGGAUGGACCUACCAAGAGGGCUACCUCUCACACAAGCGCCUCUUCUUCACAAACAGGGGCGUUCACUACAUCUGCAACGCCACUGGCGGCCAGCGCUUUCUCCCGCGCCCCGAGAAGCGUGCGGCUCCCUCCAAACCCUACACCGAAGUCAGUACCUGGACCUUCCGCCUCGCGCCGCUAACUCGCAACCUGGAAGCCUACAGUGCGCGACAGCUUUCCGUUGACGCUGAUGCCCUCGACGCCAUCACCGGCGCCCUGACUGCCCAAAGGACCGCCGAAAUGCCUGUCCACCAUCUCUGGGGCAUCCCGCUCUGCGAAACAGAUAUCAACUUCGACACCACCGCCGCCCCGCACACCUCAAACGGCCGCCUCCCUCCCGGCGAGCCCCUGUCCACCGAAUUCCUCCUCCAGUGGUACCACUACGCGCCGUGCCGGCGCCGCCCCGAGUUCCCCUCGUGGUCCUUCCUCGGCUGGGCGGGCCGCAUCUUCUACUACCCGUGGCCGCGGCAGAUCCACAUCGGCGCGCACUUCACCGUGCACAACCUCGAGAAAACCGACGCUGUUGCGUCUACCGACGUCCUCGCAUCACCCGCCACCCCCGCUGAGACUAUCCCGCGCUUCUGCCUCACGCCCCCGGGAACCCACCGUCUCGACGUGACCGUGUACACGCUCCCCCUCGCCCCCGUGCACGUCACCUGGCCCUCGCCCCCUGAUCCGGACUACAUCGACGGUCUGCACGUCGCCGUCACCCUGCCCGACCGCAGCGAGAUCUUCUUCCCUGUGCACUGGAGCCGCUUCCCCGGCGAGAUACCCCUGGAUACUCCACUCUUAGGCGCGCUGUUCCUGAGCGAGCGCAAGAUGGACAAGUCGCGGCACUUCACCGCGGUGUGGGUGCUCGCAGUGCGCGGGGCGGCGUAUGAGCGCGUGGGGUUCUGUGUUUUCCGGGGUUCGGGGCUGCGGGUUGUGGGGGCGGGGGUGCGGAGGGGGGCAAGGGCGAGCGUGGAGGGGUGGGACGAGAAGCUGGUAAGCAUGCGGGAGUGGCAGGGGCUGGCGGUGAAGAAGAGGGUGUUGGUUGGGUGAGGGGGGUAUUGACUGCCUAACUGAGUGGCUAUCUAGACUGGUUGUUUGCUGUCGACUCGUCAUGAUUACAUGGGUUUCCAGGAUUCUUGUUCGAGUCCGAGGUCUUUAGGACUGCCGAUUCCGCCACCGUUUCGUCUUCAUAAGGUUCUGGAAAUCCAACUAUCUCCUUCCCGUUCAAGUCAAAGCCCGAAUCCUGUGGAAACACUCGCCCUUAGAAAAUCCCUUGUAAUCAGGAGGCAAAAGUAUCGCCUCUAAAGCGACCUCGCCGUAUAACUACAACAUCACAUUAGCAGAGCGACAUCCGGAAAUACCUAGCUCAGCACGCCUUCACUCUACCAUUCCCACACCAAAACACCCAAAAAAAAUAUCCAAAAAGAAAUACCUCUCGACCCAGACACAGCAUGAUACGCUGCGCGACCACAUAUCCAC